AUGCACACCUCUCAGAAAGGAGCCUCCGAGCCGUCUCCCGCUCUCCGGGCCUCAAGCCCGAAAGGAAGAGACACCGGGGAAGUUCCGGUACCAUUUCGGGGAGAAGAAGCUGCCAUGGAAGAGCCUGCAGCUCCCACUGAGCCCUGCGAGGCAGCCGGGGCUCCCGCAGGUGCCCAGGCAGCGGGGCAGGGCGCAUCUGAGCCCAGCCUCGCGGUGCGCCCGGUCUUACGGCAUUCUGCGGCUUCGGGCUCGGCCCACCUCCGCACGUCACGUCUGAGGCCUGCCCAGGCCUCAGGGGGAGGGGCUAGGCCCAGUCAGCUGCAGGGCCGGAGCUGCGGCAGCUGGACGAAGCAAGUCGUCUGCAGGUAUUUUCUGCAUGGGCUGUGCAAAGAGGGGGAGAACUGUCGAUACUCCCACGACCUCUCAGGCCGACAGAUGGCCAGAGAGGACCGCGUUUCACCGCCUGGGGCCUCCGCACACCUUGGCCCCAGCACAGCUGCUCACGUAGAGACCCUGCCACAGGAAGUGGCGAAAGCCCCCGGUAUUGCGUCCUCACGCUCCUUGCCUGUGAUUGGCUCGGCUGCUGAAAGGGGUUUAUUUGAAAGCGAGACAGGCAGUGCAGGCUUUGAAGCUGUCGGAGGAGCGGGUGCAGAAGGCUGGGAGAAUGCCGUUGAGUUUGUUCCUGGGCAACCCUACCGGGGCCGCAGGGUCCCUUUUGUCCCCGAGGCUCCUCUACAGAGCUCGGUGACUGAGAGGGAGCUGAUUUCUGUGGGCACAGGGAGGCAACUUUGCCGCGAUGCUGCCAUGGGGCAGUGCUUUCGUGGGGAGAGCUGUAUGUACAUCCACGGAGAAAUAUGCGAUAUGUGUGGGCUGCAGGUCUUGCACCCCAUGGAUGCUGUUCAGAGGGCAGACCAUAUAAAGGUUUGCAUUGAAGCACACGAGAAGGAUAUGGAACUCUCGUUUGCGGUGCAACGCAGUUUGGACAAAGUGUGUGGUAUCUGCAUGGAGGUUGUGUUUGAGAAAGCCAACUCCAGUGACUGCCGCUUUGGCAUCCUCUCCAACUGCAACCACACCUAUUGUCUUAAGUGUAUCCGUAGGUGGAGGAGUGACAAACAGUUUGGGAACAGGAUUAUCAAGUCCUGCCCACAGUGCAGGGUCACCUCCAACUUUGUCAUUCCCAGUGAGUUCUGGGUGGAGGAGGAGGAAGAGAAGCAGAAGCUUAUUCAGCAGUACAAGGAAGCCAUGAGCAACAAGAACUGGGGUCAUUACAGAGACAGUGUGCGCCUGGAGCAGCAUGAGAGGCCCUUCCCCAGGAACCACACUCAGCAUUCAGCCACCAGAGCUGUGAACUGUGUCCGUCAGCGUCUGUGCCUUAUCUUGAUUUAUUCUGUGCAUCUGUUUAGCAAGAUGUGUCAUACGGUAUCAGAAAAGCCUAAAAGAGGUUAUUUUUUUUGGUUUGGGAAUGCUCAAAAUUUUUCCCAUCUAAAUGAAUGGUAACUAUUACUUCACUUUACACCAUUACAGCUUAGAAAGGUUUCAUAGGAAAGUCCUACCUUUGGAUAUCCGGGGAAACCUGUAUACAUAUGUAUGUAUGUAUGUAAAAUAAAAGAAAUACAGAGCUGAAAAUUGA